AAACAAUAGGGUUGUACAUGUAACUGCGAUAAACAGUAAAACUAUUACUAGUUAUUGAAAAUGCUGUCAAAAAAGGCCACUGUGGAUAAGGAUGUCAAAGAACAUACAAAAAAAAAAAAAUGCCACUUAGUACAAACGUGUUUAUUAGAUACUUAGAAGGAAUCUUACGAAUUGGGCGUAACAUCAACACAUAUGCUGGAUAAACUAUACAAUGAACUAUAAACAGACUGAGCGAAACGACAUGGAUCAGACUGAUCAGUGCUGACUUGGUACAGUGCACUACAUCUACAUCUUUGAAAUGCAAAGGGUCUAAGACCGAUCACGCAAGUACUAAUAACAGGAUCAGACGGAUUACAGCACACAGACGAUUAUCAUGGCAUCAGCUGAUCCUAUUUCUGACAUUAUAUCGUCCAUAAGAACAUGCAGUAUUUGUAAACGAGAGUGUUGUGAUCCUCGGACUCUCGAUUGUAUGCACAGUUUGUGUUAUGAAUGUUUGAAGGGACUAAUCGACCGGAACUCAAACCAAGGGGACGUGUCUUGUCCGACGUGUCAAUGCAAAAUUAUGUCGUCUGGUUCUUCCAUUAAUGAUUUGGGUUUAGAAUCUUUAGGAACAGCUUCUGCGUUUACUGAUGGAAGAAUUUCCACUUUUCAAGAAUCUGGUAUGUUAGCUUGUAAGGAACAUCCGAAUUAUUUGUGCGAGUAUUUUAAUGCAGAUAGUUUUGAUCUGGCAUGCGAAGUCUGCAAAAUUAACAGACCGUUUUGUAAAAUGAUUACCGAAGAGGCAAUGAAAGAAGUUCGAAAUAGACAACAAGCAAGAGUUAAAGAAUCGUUGUCAACUACUAAUCGAGAAUUGACUGAAAUUUGUGAAUCUUUGAAAUCUCGUGAACGUCAGAAUUUGUCCAAGAAAGACGAAACUGUAUUGGGCAUCAUGAAGUAUUUUGCAGAUUUAAAAAUGCAGCUUUUAGAUUAUUUAACCAAACAUGAAAAAGAUGUCUUAGACAAACUUCAAAUCUUCACUGAUACCGAAAUGGCAACUGUCACACAAUACACUAAACUAAGUUUUUCGUUGUUAGAAAGUCUCGGUCCAUGUUUUGCAUCUGUGAACACUAUUUCUAAUGAUGGCGAUAUAUUGAAUUCCUUUGCCAGUUACUUGAACCUUGAUGCUUUGCUAUCAACCUUGGAAGAUUUUACCACAAAAGCAACAACAAUCAAACAGUAUGUUCAGGAUGAAAAUGAAAUUCGUUUCGUUAUAAACACGGAAUUCGAAGAUAUGAUGACCGAGGGGGAUCUUAUAAAUAUUGAGCUUAUCAAUUCUAGCACAAGAUCGCCUGGCGCGGUGAUAUCCAAUGAAAGCAAUGAUUCACAAAGCAACCACACCAGAAUCGAUAACCAUUCCGUAAUCGAUGAAAAUACUGGAUCAUGUGAUGUCACACCAACAGCGGCUAAUAUUGCUAUUAGGAAUGAACCAUCACGAGGAAUAGUGAUAAGCGUUUCAUCUCCUGAUACAGACAGUGAUUAUCAACCGGAAGACGAAUCACCUCCAUCGUACCAAGAAUUAACCUCAAGUAGUAGCACGACAUACCCAAAUAGACAAAAUACUUCACCAGUAACUCAGAAUCAAUAUCGUUUUCCACCACCAAACUUUAACUAUUCUAUACGAAAUACUAGUAACUCACCAGUGUCACGUGAACAUUUUACCUUUCCACCACCAAACUCCAAUAAUUGCGGAAGUAAUAAUUCUUCGUCUCAACCUGAACCAUCUGCUCCUAACGUCGAUGACUUUGUCAUAACACCAUUUGUACCCAGAGGUUUAACACACGGUGUAUCCUCCGGAUCGAUAACUCCACCAAGAACGCCAUCAGGAACGCCAGCUGAUGACAACAGGUUAAGGUUUAAUCCUCUUAUUAAAUUUACGGUAGAAUUAAGGGGAAGAGACCGAGAGAAUCCUGCUUUAACAGAUCUAUGCUGGAUAGAUGAAAGGGCAUUGAUUGCAAUAGAUAAAAGAAACAGAACAGCCAAAGUUUUUAAUACGAGAGGAUCUUGUUUAAAUGCCUAUAAAUUAAAUGUCGAUCCACAGGGGUGUACAGUAUAUAGACUGCCACGACAGCCGUGUGUAUAUAUGGCAGUAACGUUUCCCAAACAGAGAAACCUUUCUAUAUACGCAAUCGACACAAUGAAUAAUUACCAAAUCAAUAACAAAAUUACUAAAGUAACAAGCAAAGGCUACACGUGUAUAACGUUUAAUGAGAAUACAAAUAAGUUUGUCUGUGGUUCUACUAACCCGUUUUCCUUGCCCACAGUAGACAUUCUCGAUCAUGAAGGAAACUUUUUACGGACAUUUAUUGGGUCGGAUGCUGUUCGAUUUUGUUACCCAAGAUAUAUUAGAGUAAACAAGGAGGGAAUAAUAGGUAUUUCUGAUUAUAAAACGUCGCGUGUAAUUUUCAUGACCAUGGAAGGAGCCCACGAAGGCGUUUUUGAUGGGUCUAUUAGAAGGAAUUUAGGGGAUCCACAAGGGAUAGGAUUAUAUAAAAACUUAUUUGUUGUAGCCGACACAAGAAAGAAUCAUGUUUACUUUGUUGACUCAUCUUCAGUAGUAGUCGAUGAAGUAAGGCAGAAUUCGUUACUGGAAAAGACUCCUAGAUUUAUUGACUUUUCACCUUCUUCUAAUCAUACAAUGGCAGUUGGUCAUGGGAAUGGCUACAUUUCGCUGUACGAAGUCUAUGAUACUUCGAACCCGGACUUAGGAAGUACUGUGUAAAUAUAACUUAUUUUUGAUCUGCACCUUUGUCAUUAGAAACAACUGUACACUUAAUAAAACGUGCAAAUGUCUAUAAUAGAUACAAAUAACUAUAGUCUGUUAAAGUUCAAACUCUACUUUACAUAAUGUAGGUAUGGUGUCUAAGACAUUCAAUACACAGAAAUGUAAAAAUCGUUUGAUAUUUUGAGAUUAUGUACAUGGCUGACGACAAAAUGAACAUAGAAAAGGUUUCCAUAUUGAAGCUGCAUAUCUUUGUAUAUCCAACAUGUCAUAAAAUAUACAUUUAUUACGUUUAAUUUUG